AUGUGCCCACCUGUUGACAAGGUUAAAACAAAGGGUGCAUCUAAAAAAGGCAAAAGUAAGGUAUCAAAAAGAGAUAAAUCAACCAAGCGUCAUCUAUCUUGGUGGGAGUAUGUGGAUGCACGUGUUCGAUGCAGGGGCACAAAUGUAUGUAGUACUUUAACAUCUAAUAAAGUACAACAACCUCGAUCAUCAGUCAAAAAGCUCACACCUCGACCAUCAGUCACCAAGGUUCAACAACUGAGAGUUCUUAUCUUCAAGGAUUGGUUGCCAGUUGAAAUUUACAAAUUCAUAGAUGACAUUAUUAACAUGGGCGAGGAUGGUAAUUGUGGAUAUCGUGCAGUUGCAGCUUUACUUGGAAUGAGUGAGAACUCUGGGGCAUUCAUUCAUCAAGAGUGUGUGGUAGAACUUCAAGAAAUUAUGUAA